AUGGAGCUGAGAGGCAAUCAUGUUGUUGCAGGUGAAGGGAGGAUGGGAUCCCCGAAAAGAGAUCUUCUUCGGUCGAUGAAAGGCGGCAGAAACCACAAGAACAGCAGCAGGAGCAACCACCAGCAGCUGCUGGAAUCUAUUGCCAGAGCCAACAGUGGAGGCCCUGCUGUCAUUUGCCAGGAAGGAGGUGGUGGACCAGGAGUUGUGAGGAUGAAGGUGCUGGUCAAGAAGCAAGACUUGAAGCAGAUGUUGGAGCUUUUGGGAGAUGGGGUGCAGAAGCAGGCUAGCAAAUUGCCAUCGUCCUCUUCGCCACUGCCACGCCUGUCUUCCUCCAAUGUGUCCAAUGUGGAGCAAAGGUUGAAUCUUUUGAGGAGAAAGCAGGCAAUGAGAGGGAAUGGAGGAAAGGGUUGCAAGGCUUCGUCGCCCCGGUCAUGGAUUCCGGCCCUUCAUAGCAUUCCCGAAGAGCUGUGA